GGGGCGAGGAUUGGCGCUUUGGCCGGGACGGCGUCGGUGGCUGCGGCUGCGGCUGCGGACCGGGUUUCGUGCUUCUUGUUGGUUGUGCUGCUGUUACUGUCGGUGCUGUCGGUGCUGUCGAUGCUGUCGGUCCUAUCGGUCCUAUCGAUGCUGUCGGCCUUAUCGAUGCUGUCGUUGCUGCCGGUGCUGCUGGUGCUGUCAAUUCCGCCAGUGCCGUUACCAGUGCCGGACUUGGAUCGCUUAGCAGCACCUCCUUUAGCGGCUGCAUUGGUCCUUCUGGACGACCCCCGGCCCGUACCGCCAGACGCAGUGGAUGAGACAGCGGCUGUCCGAGAUGCCGGAGCCUUGCGGCUGUUGCCCAGGAGCACCGGCACGAAUCGCGGCCGGGGCUUCUUGUCCGGGAGCUGCUUGCGGGCCCUUUUGUCUCUGGCGUCACGGUGCUCUUGCUCCUGGUGUUCUUCCUGCUGCCGCCGAUGCUGCCGGCCCCGCUGGACCGGGGCGGCGGGCGGCGUCGCCCCGAACGGGCUGAAGGGCCCGUCUGACUCGCUGCCGGCCGCCAGGUAGUUUGUGUGGUUCGACUCGGAUGACGACUUGUGCGUCGGGGAGGGGAUGAUCCUGAGGAGCUUGGGAGAGACGGUUUGCUCCAGCCGGGUGGUGCAUGGGGUUUGUUGACGGGGCUGGGGAUGGUGCAGCGGCUGCGGAAGCUGAAGU